UCUUUUUUCUGGCCCUCUGGCCGUUUUCAUCACAACAGGAUCCUCUCAUUUGUUUGUUUCCCUCCUGACUGUCUGCCAUUUUUCAUCCUAUCUGACUUGGCCCGGUGGUAUACGAGUUAUCCUUCGCUCCUCUACACAUUUUUAUUCACCUUUUUGCACCAAAGUGGUUCACUGAGAGGCUUCAUCCUGGCCGGCAACAUUCCAGCCAAGGGGGAAGAGGACUUCCUGACACUGGCUGCUUCGCGGCUCAGUCGCAGGAAACGUGUCAUUGGCGCUGCUGUAGGUGUGGCAAUGGUUCUAAUACUGUUAGUAGCCAUUCCCAUACUGGUCCACACAACCAAAGGGGGGAAUACUGGAAAUUCGGGAAGCCAUUAUGAAAUGCUAGGAAGCUGCCGGAUGGUAUGUGACCCCUACACCACCUCUCAGCCAGGCCAGGAGCUGACGGCUGUGUCUCCACCACCCCAGGAUUACUCUGGGAAGAAGAUAAAGUCUGGGCUUCGUGGGCCUCCGGGGUUGCCAGGUCCUCCAGGAGCACGUGGACCCCCUGGUGAGCCAGGCAAAGCAGGUCCACAGGGGCCCCCUGGUCCAGGACCAGGUGGCUAUUCGCCCUCGCUUUACACACCCAAGAUUGCCUUUUACGCAGGGCUACGCAAGCAGCACGAGGGGAAUGAAAUACUGAAGUUUGAUGAUGUGGUGACCAAUGUAGGAAACUACUAUGAGCCCAGCACCGGCAAAUUCACCUGCCCUCUGCCUGGCAUCUACUUCUUCACCUACCAUGUUCUCAUGAGAGGUGGUGACGGGACCAGCAUGUGGGCAGACCUGAGGAAGAACGGACUGGUGAGAGCCAGUGCCAUCGCUCAGGACGCCGAUCAGAAUUACGACUAUGCUUCUAACAGUGUGAUCCUGCAUUUGGACGUGGGCGAUGAGGUGUGUGUGCAGCUGGACGGAGGCAAAGUCCACGGAGGGAACACAAACAAGUACAGCACCUUCUCCGGCUUCCUUAUCUACCCAGACUGAAUCUAAUCAGUACUCUCGCUGCGGGAGGAGUGGUUAGAGGAACAUCAGUGCACACAAAGAUAUAUCACAAGUAUAUUUUCACACCAACACAGACAUGUAUGCAAAUGAAUGCAGAUACACAGACAUGCAUCACAAAACACACACACACAAACAUCCUGAGAGUCCAACAAAAAGAGGUGUGAACAGAGUGAAAACCCAGCACAAGUGGAACUAAGUUGAAUUGUGUGACAGUAAUUAUGAGCAGUUGAGAUUACUGGUGCCCAUUUUGUGCAAAAUAUGGAAAUGGGAAUAUGUACAGUUUAAGUGCACAUUAAAAUUGCACGUUGUGGCUCUGAAGUAUCAACAAUAUUAUAAUGUUAACAUUGAUAAUAUUAUAAAAUAUUAUACACAAUAUUCAUAUUAACUGACAAUGUGAUUACUGGAAUGCA